UUCGCAGCCGCAGCCCGCAGGAGGAGGCAGGAAUCAUGGUGUAAGGGGCUGGCUGGGGCGGGGGUGCAGCCAGGGGCGAGAGCGAACCGAGCGCCCUGCCCGUUUCAUGGCAGCCGGGGGAGCUGGCAGCGCAGCAGCGGGGCCAAGUUGUGCUCGCCGAGGGCGGCCCAUGGCAGCCCAGCGGCUGCGGGGGUGUUAAGGGCGCUGCGUCCGCCCCCCUGCCCGGCUCGCCCCGCAGCCCCCCUCGCUGCGUUGCCCCGCCGGACGGGGACGGGAGGCGCCGCUCCCGGCCGGCCGCGAUGGCUCUGGCUAUGGAGGAGGAGGACUACGCCAAGCUGGUGAUGGAGUCGGAGCCGGAGUGGCUGCGGAGCGAGCUGAAGCGGCUCUCCCAGGAGCUGGGCGAGACCACCCGGGAGAAGAUCCAGGCGGCGGAGUACGGGCUGGCCGUGCUGGAGGAGAAGCAGCAGCUCAAGCAGCAGUACGAGGAGCUGGAGGCGGAGUACGAGACCAUCCGCACGGAGAUGGAGCAGCUGAAGGAGGCUUUUGGGCAGGCUCAUACCAACCACAAGAAGGUAGCAGCCGAUGGAGAGAGCAGGGAGGAGACCUUGAUUCAGGAGUCUGCUACCAAAGAAGAGUACUACAUGAAAAAAGUAAUGGAGCUGCAGACUGAGCUAAAGCAGCUGAAGAAUGUCCUUGCCAACACCCAGUCUGAAAAUGAACGCCUUAAUUCUGUCGCGCAGGAGCUGAAAGAGCUCAAUCAGAAUGUGGAGACCCAGAGAGCCCGCCUGCGAGAUGACAUCAAGGAAUAUAAAUUCAGAGAAGCUCGUUUGCUGCAAGACUACACUGAGCUCGAGGAGGAGAACAUCUGCCUUCAGAAACAAGUGUCUGUCCUCAAGCAAAACCAGGUGGAGUUUGAAGGCCUAAAACAUGAAAUCAAAAGGCUUGAAGAGGAAACAGAAUUUCUCAACAGCCAGUUGGAAGAUGCUAUACGGUUGAAAGAGAUCUCAGAACGCCAACUUGAGGAGGCCUUAGAGACCCUGAAGACUGAGCGUGAGCAGAAGAACAACCUUCGUAAGGAGCUCUCUCAUUACAUGAACAUCAAUGACUCUAUGUACACCAGCCACCUGAACAUCUCUUUGGAUGGACUGAAGUUCAGCGAUGAAACCACAGAGCCCAAUAACGAUGAAAUCAUGAAUGGCUUUGAACAGAACUGCCUCAGCAAAAUUAGCAAUGGCAAGAAUAAUACAUCCACUCCCAAGAAAAAUGACAGCUUCCCUCCAGCCCCAAGCCUGGUCUCAGAUCUUCUGAGCGAGCUAAAUAUAUCAGAAAUCCAGAAGUUGAAACAACAGCUUGUGCAGAUGGAAAGAGAAAAAGUUAAUUUGUUAUCUACACUCCAAGAGUCUCAGAAACAGCUGGAGAACACCCGGGGAGCCCUUUCAGAGCAGCAUGAGAAAGUUGGCAGGCUCACAGAGAACCUUAAUGCAAUGAAAAAACUCCAAGUCAGCAAGGAACGUCAGUCUGCUCUUGACAAUGAGAAGGAGCGUGACAGCCAUGAAGAUGGAGAUUAUUAUGAAGUUGACAUCAAUGGGCCAGAGAUCCUAGAAUGCAAGUACAAAGUGGCCGUGGCAGAGAUUGGUGACCUAAAAGAAGAGCUUAAAGUCCUUAAGGGCAAAUAUGAAGAGUGUGAGUCUAAAUAUGAGGAGGAGAAGAACAGAUAUGAGACUGAAAGCCAAGCUCUUACUGAAAAGAUCACCUUGUUAGAAAAAUCUAAUAGGCAAGAUAGAGAACAGGUAGCCAGACUGGAGAAGGAGCUGAAGAAAGUAAGCGACGUUGCUGGAGAAACACAGGGCAGUCUCAGUGUAGCCCAAGAUGAACUAGUCACGUUCAGUGAGGAGCUGGCCAAUUUGUAUCACCACGUCUGCAUGUGCAACAAUGAAACUCCAAACAGGGUGAUGCUGGAUUAUUACAAAGAGGGUAAAGGAGGACGCAGCAGCCCAGAGGGCAAAGGUCGAAGGUCGCCGAUCCUGCUCUCUAAAGGGCUGCUAUCAAUAGACCUAGGAAAGGCAGAGAAUGGAAGUGGUGACAGUAGUCCAUCUCCAGUGUCAUCCCUCCCAUCUCCUGUGUCAGAUCCUCGGAAGGAACCCAUGAACAUUUACAACUUGAUCGCUAUAAUUCGCGAUCAGAUCAAACACCUACAAGCUGCGGUGGACAGAACAACCGAGUUGUCCAGGCAGCGUGUUGCCACCCAAGAACUUGGGCCGGUAGUGGACAAAGACAAGGAAGCUUUCAUGGAGGAAAUCCUGAAGCUGAAGUCCCUGUUAAGCACCAAGAGAGAACAGAUAGCAACCCUAAGAACUGUGCUAAAGGCCAACAAACAGACUGCAGAGGUAGCCCUUGCCAACUUAAAAAGCAAGUAUGAAAAUGAGAAAGCUAUGGUUACGGAGACAAUGAUGAAGCUGCGUAAUGAGCUGAAGGCUUUAAAAGAAGAUGCUGCUACCUUCUCUUCUCUGAGAGCAAUGUUUGCUACAAGAUGUGACGAAUAUGUCACACAGCUGGAUGAAAUGCAACGCCAGCUCGCAGCAGCUGAAGAUGAGAAGAAGACUCUGAACUCCUUGCUUCGUAUGGCAAUCCAGCAAAAACUGGCACUGACCCAGCGCCUGGAGCAUCUGGAGCUUGACCAUGAGCAGUCCAAAAGGGUGCGCACUAAAUCUGCUUCCAAAGCCAAGACCAGUAACCCGAGUCUUUAGAGUAGUUCCUGGAGAAGGCCUUUCCAACAGUGCAACAGUAUUUCUUAGCCUGCCUCCUUAUGGUUAACAGUGGUAGCCUGUUGCACAAAGAAUGGAAACCACUGACCUGAUCCUAGAUUGUUGGGUUUUUUUAAAAACAACUUUUUCCAAUAUACUACCUGCAAUUUUACUUUUAUGUCUCAAGUUAUAAAACAAACAAGCUUUACCUAUAAGUGCUGCUGCAGGAAGAAAACUUACAAGUGCUGAAGAAACCUACUUUGAACGUAAUGAUCACCCUAUUACUUUAUGAUCUACUAGAAAUGUUCAGAUGGGGGAAUUUUUCUUAUUUCAUUGCAGAUAUUCAUUUUUUUAUCUGAUUGUUAAACCUGUGCACUUUUGAUAUUUUGAUAUUUUACUUUAGCUUCUUUUAAUUCCUUAUGUAGAAGAGUUUAUAUAAAAUGCAGUGGUUUGUGCUCAUAGUCUCUCUCCCCAUUUUGGGCUUGUGCUUGUUGAUUUUCUACAUCAGCAUGUGGCAGAGAUUUGGACUAUUUUUGAUUUUGCUCUAGACAGUGUUUAGAAAAAGAGUUUCAACACAAAAACCAGGAGCUCUGCUAAACUAUAUAUGUGCUGUGCUUCAGCAGCUUUUUUUAUUAUUAUAAAAUGUUAAGCUUUAUGUGUUAAAAUUACUGAUUUUUAACUGCCAUGUUCAUUAAGAAAUCCAGGGUAUUCAAAUUCUGGGGUUUUUUUCAUAUUGUAUUAUUAUUCUUAGGAAUAGUUCAAUGUAACAAGAAGAAAACUUGACUUUGCUCUAGUUAAAACAGUAAUAGGCACUUGAAAAAUAUUAAAUAAGUAGUGUUACCUAUAAAUUCCAGAAUUUCUGGGUUUUAGGAAGGUGUGAAGUAUUAUUGAUUAACAGAAUUUUAUACAACUGUAUGGUUUAAAUUCCAAAUUGGAAUUGUUUUGUUGUUACUUCAUUUUAUUGUGCCAAAUUAUGGUACAUUUAGAAAGAAAAAUUCUAAAGUUGUCAAUGAAUAGGGUGUUCUAUUUCAGCGCCUUUUUGUCAUUAAUUAUUGCCAGUAGUGCCUUUAAUAAUUUAAGUGAAAAUCCUAGAAUAGCUUAGUCUAUACAAGAAGAAAUGAACAGUUGUUUUGGAACUUAGUAAAGAUGUGGAGCAAUAAGUGCAAAGCGAACUCCCCUUUCGCACAUUUUUAAUGGGUAGUCUUAAUAUAGAGAUUAUAUAUACACAAGAAAUUGUAAAAAAUACUGUUAGUCAAUGAUACUUCAUCAUGCAGAUCCUUGCAAAUUCAGGGGUAUAGGAAAAAAAAUAACAAACCCGAAUACACUUUGGGAACCAAAUGGACUUUUAUUGAACAAAUGAGCAAGAUGUAUUAACACAUUUGUGGCUGCAGUACAGAGGAUGUAUUGGGAACAUUAAUGUUCUGUUAGCUGUGUAUGGUGAUGGAUACAGUUUAACCAUAGUAUUGUUUGGAAAUGUGAAAGACAAGACAUUAAUACCUACUCUUGCAUGUUGUAUCUAAUCAUUGUAAUUUCAGGAAACAGAAAGUGAAAAGUGCAUCAACAAGCUGUACCUACCUGCCUUGGUGCUGUUUGUUGAGGCUAGUGUGAAUCAUUAAAUUGGUACUUGGGGGAGGGGGAGGACUUCCCUCCCUCAAAAAAAAAGUACAAAUUGUAAUAAUAUUGUCAGUGGGGAAAAGAUUUCUGUUUGCUGGAAGAAGCAUUAUUAUUCCUAGAUGUGGGGACUUCUUAUAUUUUCAUCUUCUGUUACAGUAUUGAUUCAUAAGAAAUAUUGUUACAUUUAAAAAUUACUACAUUUGUACAUGGGUAUUUAUUUGAAAUGAUGUCAAAGUACUGUAUUAUGUUUUAUGUGCAUUACCUUUUAGUGGUGGAUUGGUCUCCAUUUAAUGUCAUAUGCAUGUACUCUUGCCAAGUAACCUUUACACAGAUCUGAAAAAGUAAAUGUCAUUGGUUAAAAGAAAAUGGUGGAAAACUGAUUCUUAAGGUAUAACUGUGUGUUAAUUUGAUAACUUUAGGAGGCAUAGGGGGCAAAAUGUUACUUCCAAAUUAAUACAAAAAGUAUGUGUAAUGUAGGAAAGCAAUCUGCCUGUGUAAAGGUAGUCGCGUUGGCAGUAUCAAUAAAAGAGAAAAGGAGAUCUCU